AUGGGAAAGCUGGUGACUCUGAAGGGAAGGCCGGUGACUCUGAUGGGAAUGCUGGAGACUCUGAUGGGAAGGCUGGUGACUCUGAAGGGAAGGCCGGCGACUCUGAUGGGAAGGCUGGAGACUCUGAAGGGAAGGCCGGCGACUCUGAUGGGAAGGCUGGUGACUCUGAAGGGAAGGCUGGAGACUCUGAUGGGAAGGCUGGUGACUCUGAAGGGAAGGCUGGAGACUCUGAUGGGAAUGCUGGAGACUCUGAAGGGAAGGCCGGCGACUCUGAUGGGAAGGCUGGUGACUCUGAAGGGAAGGCUGGAGACUCUGAUGGGAAGGCUGGUGACUCUGAAGGGAAGGCUGGAGACUCUGAUGGGAAGGCUGGUGACUCUGAAGGGAAGGCCGGCGACUCUGAUGGGAAGGCUGGUGACUCUGAAGUGA